AUGGCGGCGAUGGAAGUGCUGUCAAACGCGGAUUACGUGGUCUUAAGGCAGAACCAGUACAGCCUCUGGUGCUCGCGAGGAAGCGGUGGCCACCACUCGGAGCCGCCAUUUAAGCCCAUUAUCGUUAGCGACAACGCGUCGUACGAGUCGUUCGUAUGUCACGGUCUGGUCUACGGUCUGAUCGGUGUCUUCCAGGCGGACAAACUGGUGCUCAUCAAAGAGAGCCAAUCCAUCGGCGAUUUGCCCCACAAUCACAAUGUAUUCAAAAUACGAAAGAUCGCUAUCAUUAACCUCUCGGCCGCCGAACCCAUCGCCGCCGACAUCGCGCUCGACCCCUGCAGUUCACACAACUGUACGAAACCCGUGUCGGAUCCGUUGACCACCGAAGGCCAGACAACGCCCGCCGCCACUGAAUUGGCGGCUCAAUCGCAGACACAACCGACGGCUGCGGCGGUGGCGCCGCACCAGCCGUCCAGUGGUGUGCAGAAGACCUGGAAUCAGAUCAAAUGGACGGCCUCUCACGUGAAGCCGCGAGUUGUGGCCAGAAUUAAUCCAAACAACCAAAACGAGUCCAAAGACAAGACUGAAAAGAGAUUGAUUGAUGAAUUGUACAAAAUGUUUACCGAAACCGAGUCUUUUUAUUAUUCACUUUCGGGUGAUUUAACGAAUUCACAGCAAAGACAACAGAAGCUGAGCGACGACGAGACGGCCAAUGGGCGGCCCCUCUGGCGCCGAGUGGACGACCGCUUCUUCUGGAACAAAGCGAUGCUUCGGCCGAUCAUUGAGUGUGAGGCGUCCGGCGCUGUCGUCGACCCGUGGAUUUUGCCCCUCAUUCAGGGCUACGUGAAGAUCGAGACCUGUUUUCUCGAUUUGAACGACACGGCAAACAUCACCACCGAUUGCAAGUCGCUGGAGGACGUGAGAGUGCCCGUCGACACCAACGCUCAGUGCCAUCAAGAGCUCUACACAAUGACACUGAUCUCGAGGAGGAGUCGGUUCCGGGCGGGCACGCGGUAUAAGCGGCGCGGCGUCGACGAGAAGGGAAAGUGCGCUAAUUAUGUGGAAACGGAACAGAUAUUUAAGUUCGGUUCGCAUGUGGUCUCCUUCGUGGCCGUCCGCGGAUCGGUUCCCAUCUAUUGGUCCCAAAUUGGCCACAAAUACAGACCUCCGCCGCGUAUUGACCGCAACGAAGAGGAGACCCAAUUGGCGUUCAAUAAGCACUUUAACGACGAGUUUGAUUUGUACGGCAAUCAAGUGAUCGUCAGUUUAGUGGAGAAGUCGGGCCGCGAGAAGAUCAUCGCCGACGCCUAUCUCAACCACGUCCUCCACUUCGACAGUCCAGACAUCUCUUACGUGUCGUUCGAUUUCCACGACUACUGUCGAGGAAUGCGUUUCGAGAACGUGUCGGUACUCAUCGACUCCGUCAGAGAGAUAAUCAAAGACAUGCGUUACUGUUGGACAGACAGCGAAGGCCUUAUAUGCGAACAAAGGGGUGUCUUUCGGAUCAAUUGCAUCGACUGUUUAGACCGAACCAAUAUCGUGAUGACGGCCAUCGCUCGCACAGUGAUGGACACGCAGUUCGUACGGUUAGGUCUGUUGCCACCCGAGGGCCAGCUGUCGGCCAACUGUCGGCGCAUAUUUCAGAUGAUGUGGGCCAACAAUGGCGACAUUAUUAGCCGCCAAUACGCGGGAACCGUUGCGCUGAAGGGCGACUUCACCCGUACGGGCGAACGCCGGUUCACUGGUGUCGUGCGGGACGGCUACCACUCGGCCAAUCGGUAUUACUUGAACCGCUUUAAGGACGCCUACCGGCAGGCGGUGAUCGAUCUGAUGCAGGGCUUGACCGUCAGCGACGACCUGAACAGUCCCGACGGCAACGACAACGCUGUGGACGGAUCGGUGUUGUCGUCGUUCUCAGAGCAGGAACACCACGAGAGGGUCAAAAUGGUGAUCGACGACUGCAAGAAGAUACUGAUCCCCGAAUACGAAGUGAUAUUAGGCGGUUGGCCGCUCGUGGACGCCGAUCCGGUGACCGGCUCGUCGUCGGUGACCGACACCGAUAUGGACACAGUUCUAGUGUUGACCAAAGACUGCUAUUAUGUGGCCGAAUAUGACGAUCAAACCGAUCGUAUCAUCAAAUACCAGAAGGUUUUGCUCGAAGACCUCGAGAAGAUAGAGUUGGGUUCGGAACCCAAUCAGAUCUUCUCCAUGAAGUCGAGUCAGAGCUGUUGCAUACGAUUCCACUACACCAUCGAUGGCCAGAGCGGUUACUUUCAUAUGUUUCGCUCGACAAACACCCGUUUCUUCAACAAUAUGGCGAUUGCUAUACGCAAUGUGGAGGAAGCGGUUGAGUCCCUGAAAGCCAUCUGCGAGUCCUUCAAAGUGGCCCUCAGUGUCAAAGAGCUGAACGUUCCCUUCUAUGAGGGAAAACUGGACAGACGUAAGAGUAAACUGAUUCACGCGAACCGCGGUUUGGCCCACAACUCGAACCUAUUGAAAGUGAAUCAAAUCCCGCGCAAUAUCAGCGACGGACAGCUGUUGACGUUGAAGUCCGUUGGCUCGCGAGCCAUCACUGGCCUCAGCUCGCAGUUCAGUCGCCUGAAGGGCAAGUGGACGGCCAAUGAGAAGCCGCAAACCAUACGCGAGUUGCCGUCAGCGACGGCCAAACCGGGCGCCACUUCUGUCGCCUUCAAUGUGGAGAGCAGUGGCGAAGAGGACUCGGAAGAGGAGGACUCGUUGCGAACCCUACAGAAGCAGCGGAUACUGAAACAAAGUUUACCCCUCAGUGUCCACUCGAGCGAACGCACCUUCAGCUCCGACUACUCCGAGUGCAGCGAUAUCGACGACCAGGAGCUCUGCGGCGACGCAUCCAUUGAAUCGGCAGACAUCCAGUCAAACAGAGGCGUCGACUCCGAUCGAGUGCUCGAGAGUUGCGGUAUUUUGGCGACGAGUCCGCACCUGACGGACAUAACUCUGCCAACAGAUAGCGAAGGGAUGGUAAUCAAGGCGUCCAAUAAGUCUGUGUUCGCCGAAGUGGACGACUUUGUGUUGGACGCCAUGAAGAGGGCGUCGUUGAAGCACUUGCACCGAAAGGCGUCCCAGAGUUCCACAUCCCUGUCGUCCGCCGCCGACAUGAGGGCCUACCCGUCGACACCACUCAUACAUAUCGACGACACCGUGUCGUGCAGUGAGCUGUUGGUCAGCUCCGUGUCUGUCGCCUCCUCUGGCGGCGAAUCGUUUGCCACCAAAAACAAGAAGUCUCUGUCGAAGUCGUCGGAAGUGUUGAUGGAAACGAAUCGGGCGACCAAAUCGGUGGCCAAUGAGCCGGUGUUUCGCGCGGCCGAGUCGUACGCCUCUCUCAACAAUCGCAACGAUUUGUCCGCCCUUUCCAUUAGCAGCAAAGACUCGUCCGUCACAUCCGAUUCGCUCAAUGUCUACAAUAAGAUGAAGACCUCUCACAGCGAAACCGCUAUUCAAGACUUCUCGUCGGGUCUGUCCCUAAACCUCCCGAAUCCGCCGCUAAACGUAAAGAAAGACUUAGUGUUGUCUCCGCUCUCGCGUAUCGCCAAAGGUGUGCAACACCUGAGCAGUAAUCUGAGGACCGGUUUGAUAGCCGGCGCCGCCGACCACGCGAUGUCACCCAUAGAUACAGAAGCGCAUCAAUUGCUACACAAACGCAAAACAUUAUCCAAAUCUAGAAUUAUUGAGUUAUAGGAUCUGUG